GCCAAAAAUAGACAAUUCUUACUGAUUAUCCGUUAAAAAAAUGAAGAUAAUACUUUACACCUUGAUAUGUUUUAUUUGUGGCUUUACCUUGUUUCUAUGCUUAAUAUUUCACCAAUGGUUAUCAUUUUCUGUUGUCAAUAGCCCAAUGUUCCGCCCUAGAAUUGAUUCGGAACUUGCAUUAUUCAUUACAAAUGAAUUAUCUCGACUAUUAAAUCCAGACAUUCCAACAGUGGAAGAUGUCGGUGAUACUGUAGAGAGAGCUUGGUUUAAGCAUGAAAAAGAAUUUUGCCUAAAAGAUUAUCUUUCAGUUGUGUGAUUGGUAGAGAUUACGUGAAAUUAGUGAUGGACUGGAAACAGUAGGAAAAUCUUCAAGAGCUUUAUCUUCAAAUGUAACUAGUAUCCAUAAGUCACCUCACCGAACAAUAAUCCGAUACUCACUUAUGAAUAACCUCAAGACAAAUUUACUGAAUUACUAGAGUUUUAGUGAAAGAUCGAGUUUAUCAAUGUCAGGCAUGAGGAAGUCACUCAGUAUCAAUAUCGGUCUUUGACCACACCACAUCAGUAAUCGACUAAAAUUGAGAAUGUGAACAGUUUUAUCCCUGUUCUAUCUCUCGAUGAUAUCGUUCGCGUUUAUGGGGCUUGAAUGUUUUAAGUUCUCGUGAGGUCUUGGAGGGGGAUCAGGAAGAGUUCCAAUCUAAGAUGGAAACCAUUAUUUUAUACCCUCAUUCCCCAGUUUUCCAACCAAUAUCAAGUUCGUGGUGAAAGUUAUCUUUAUAUCUAGUAAAACUUUAACAAAUCACAUUGCAAAGUGAGAAAGACGUCUAAAUAUUUUUCGAUCAGCUUUGUUUCCAACUAGAGGAAACUUGCUAUCAAUUUAGUAUAUCAAGCUAUUGACCAACCAAACUAUUACACAAGAAAUAUAGCUUAUUAGUUCGAAUAAAUAAUCUUUUUACGGUUUUUUUUCGUUGCUCACUAGUUUUGAAUGGUACUCAUCAGUUGUUCAACAGUGAGGGAUGUCGAAAUAGUUGUCUUAUUUCAAAUCAACCAUAUACUCGACGUAAUGUCAUUAUUAUACCAUAUCGAAAUCGUGCAGAACACUUGAUGAAAUUAAUUCCACGUCUGGUUGAAUUACUGACAAAACGGAAUCUAUGUUAUUUGUUAAUUGUUUCUGAACAGAUUGAUCAACAGCCAUUUAAUAAGGGAAUAGUCAUGAAUACUGCAUUUGUGGAAGCGUUGAAUUGGUUGCCGUUUCAUUGUGCAAUAUUUCAUGAUGUUGAUCUAAUACCAAUGAACAAUGAAGUUGAUUAUACAUGCUCAAUCUAUCCUAAACAUAUCAGUGUAAGCGUAGAUAAAUUUCAAAACAGGCUCCCUUACAUUGAACUAAUUGGUGGUGUUUUAUCCAUUCCACUUAAAGCCUUUCUUCGUGUCAAUGGGUAUUCUAAUUUAUUUUGGGGUUGGGGUGCAGAGGACGAUGAUGUGUAUGAGAGGCUUAUGAUAAAUGAAAUUCCUGUCAUACGUCCUGAUCCAAAUGUAGCACAAUUCACAAUGCUCAAACAUAAACCAAGUCUUGCAUUUCAUUCAGCCUUAAGGUAUGUUUUAAAUAUUAGCAUGAAAUUAAGUAUUUUUGUCAAUGAACGAACGCAAAGCAUAAAUCAUUCUAUUCAUGAACAAAUUAAUACAGUGUUCAUCUUAAAAGUCCAAUUACUUUACGAUCUACAAUGAAUCAACCACAUGAUCCACCCUUAAGUCCAACUUCCAACGAAUGGUUAACCCAACUAAAAUGGGUAAACAGGACAGUUCUAUUAGGAAGUUAUAUUGUUCAUCAAUAAUACCUUUUCUGUAUAUAUAGAUAUUCGAUAGUACUAAUGUAAAUUUGGAUCUUUUAGCACAUCAAAUGAUUCUUCCUUCUACCGUAAUUUUACAUUUGUAUUUCUAUCGACAGAGCAUUUUACAUUAUAGCUGAUGUCAUUUCGUGAUAAAAAAAACCAAACUCUGGAUCCUUAAUUCUAGCCCAAAGUGUCUAACCGUAACUAGAACCAAUAUAGAAACUCUUAAAAACUUGUCUCAGUCUUUGAAAGGGUUCCAGGAUAUGGAUAAGGUAUAUCCAUUAUGAUGAUUUUAUAUCACUAUCUUCGAUUUAUGGGCCGAAUAACUUGUAGAAAGUAAUAAUAGACUUGAUAGUUGUGUACUAUCCGUUUACAUUUUGCAAUAUUAUUUUCUCACUCACAAACUAUCCAUCUAUAAAGGCUGCCCUGCGAUUGUUUGGAAACUAUCUGGAAAGUCAUCACGGUUAUUUUAAACUCGUCUCUACACAAUAUUGUCACCGAUUUUAGACUCGUUAUAAAUUUGGCGCAUGAGAGUGAGAAUUUACAUUGUAGAAUAAAAUAAUUCAAGAUUUUAAUGGUAUACCUCGCAAUAUAUUGUACGCAUAUGUCAAAAAUUAUUCUCAUUUUGGUAAAUUACUACAAAUCAUUUUCAUGUAAUACUUUCUAUUUCAUCUCAGAACUCAAAUAUUAUCCUUCACAAAAGUCAGAUAUCGUCUUGAUGGAAUCAAUAGUUUAAAUUACACGCUUGUUAAAUCACAAAUAAAAUUAUAUAAUCAAUUCCACAGUUUAACAUAUAACGAUGAAGUAACUAAAACACAUUUUUCACAUGAAAACAACACUUUCAGAUCAAAUUCGAAAUUAAAUUAUCCAAUUUUGCAUUUAAAAAUCGAUGUUGGUAAGCCUCCAGUUGAGUUUAUUAAGGAAGAUAAUUCUACAUAAGAAAACCAAGUCGGUACGUAGAGAAAAAAAUUAUUUUUGUAACUUGAAUUUUCGUUUGGUUACAAACACAAUUAUACAAUCGAGUAAUUAAAUGCAAAUAAUGAACAACAGUGAGACACUGACAAAUUACAGAUUAUGGAUGAAAACCGCACGAACUACAGGAUCAGUCAUUUCUAUACUGAUCGUAAGUACAUAUGUGUCGAUCCUUUGUCAAUCAAUAGGAUUACAAUGAGCCGAUAACCGACGAGGCCAGCCAAUCGUGAUUUAGCCAUUUUGACAACAUAAUGAAGAGUCAACUACUUUUCGGGAGAACGAUUGUAAAAAGCCUCCAAACUCAUUGGAUUUAAUCUGCGAUGGUGAAAUAUUACUCAUUAUUACUGAUUAUGAUGAUGAUACCUAAGACGUUUAUGGCGAUGAUGACUAGCCUCAUGGAACGAAUCACAGGAUUAUUAAAAAUAAACAUUACUGGUUAAUAUGCAUAAUUCAUAGAAUUUGUUCCUUAGUCAAACUUAAAGCAAGAAUAGCUACAUUUAUUGUCGUUCUCGCUUUCAUUAAAAAAUAUCUACACAUUAAAAUAAGAAAAAACCAAGAAAUACAAGUGCACAAUAUUUAGUGUAAUGAAGCAUAAGUGUAUCUCAUGCAUGAUUUCAUGUUAGGUAUCCUUUUCUUUUUGUCUCAAGAUUUUAUGCAACGUAACGAACAUGAAUAUCAAAGUAUUCACUACAUAAUAAAUUGUGGAGUCUUAUCAACAUUGAAGUAAUUAUCAAUUUCCAGGACAUCUGGUUGCUUUUCAUUUAGUUUAAUUUGUUCUUAAAUUUCGAUUAGUGGAAUCAAGUUACAUGAAACUGUGAAAUGAGGUCCUAUUUUGUAGAUCCUAUAUAUAUAUAUAUAGUUUCAAAUCGCACUUUGCAAUACCUUUGCGACUAUCUACCUCAUAAAUUAAGCGAUAUAUUUGUACCACUGAUGUUUCAUGAACCGAUUGUCUUUGAUAAAUGUAAACCAUUAUCAUAAACCAAGCUGGUGAAUAAAUUGUCCUGAUUUUAUGAUAUGUCAAUUGAUAUUUCCGUGUGCCCAUGCAAACCGAGAGAUGCAUAAAAGUUAUCUUGAUAAUCAGUCUCCCAAGCUCUCAGUACUCAAUCAUAUCAUUUGAUGUAGUGUCAGAGAAGAGGCAUAUACUUAUCGAUAAGGUUUGAUGAGAACUAAAGUACUUUGUUAUUGUAUUUGAUACUGGUGGCAAAAAUGCCUGAACUUGUACAUAUAUGUCAACCCUCAUGAAGAACUAAAUACAUAGAAGAAAACAUCUCUAACACAAUCCUAGAUAUUAUGGAUACUGAAGAUAAUAAUCAACAAAAUACUAGAGAUUUUGCUGCCAUAUGGUCAAAAUCACUUAAAGAUUAUUUGCAUCGUGACAGUUAUUGCUCGCGGUUCGACAAUUUACGUUAAAACCAUGAGGGUACUAAAUCUUAGUAGGUCAGUUUCAUUUUAAUCGGAAUAAAAUGUUGAGUUAUAUUCAAGUUACGACACCUAGCAGAAGUAAAUAAUUAAAAAAAUGUUAGGAUAAAGAACAUGUAAAGUGAGCAGCUAUUCUUUCGUGAGUUUACGUGUUUUUGAUGGACAAUUAUUUCAUGGUAUCUUUAUAAAAUCCCAGUCUUUUAAUUAAUUAACCGUUACUAUGUGAUCACCGUCCACGUAAAUUACAGUUUUUAAUCAUUCUGAUGUUUUGACUGGGAAUUUGCAUGACCUGUCAAUGGUGCAAACAAGUACGCUAACGUAUGUGAUGGAUUCAACGUCAAUAUUAUCGACAAAACAAAAAUAAGAUAACCUAUGUUUAUGUUAUUUGUGACAUUCACUCUCUAAACUCUGUUAUUCAUAUUGGAGUUUAGUGAUUGACUUGUGAAUCACUUGAUCAGUUCUCUAACAUCUGAGCUAUUACUGAUUAUCAACCCUAUAUCGAUAACAGUCUGCUACCAUAGAUUACAGUAAAUAGUUUGGUGACAGGCUAAUCCCUUCAUCAUAUCAUUUACAUAUGAUUGAUACAAGCCGUAAUUAGGUAAUGUGAUCAAAUGUUAACAAUACCUCUUGUUUUGUCAACAGUUAGGUGUAGUACUAGAUAACUGAAAUGAAGCUAAUAAUAGUCAUUAAGAGUCUAAACAAUUUAUUCAUCGUUACGCGGUUAACGGGAUUUUGGCGAGCAGAUGAAGUUGAUUUUAAUUUCAAUUCUGUGUAGCAUGUUCGAGUAGAUUACACUAAUAACCAAGUGUAUUAACAGUCAAAAUAUUUUGAAAAAUAACCUGAAAUCUGGAAAAUCAAAAUAGCAUUAUUCGUAACUAAAAAAAUGACCAAAAUCAUUUGGAAAUUUUAGAAUUUCACUACGCUAAUAAUCAACAAACAAACAAUCGCUCUACUAAGAAAAGCUAGGAAGUUAACAAAGGACAGCAAUUAAAUUACUGUAAAAAUGGAGAAAAUACUGGGAUAAGAACAACUGCUUAACAUACAUAACAAAAACAAAUACUUGAGGCUACACAUCAAGAUUUAUCGUCAUUUUGAUGUCGAACUCUAUUGAUUUAUUUUACAGACAUAUAACCCCAUCUUCCUAAUUACACUCAGAAAUCAUUCUGUAUAGACGAUUGUUUUCGUGAUACUUAC